AUGAUCCUGACAAUCCCAGAUGAGUACCGCGACAAGGUGGAACUGAUUGAGACUACGGAUUCCCGGACAGAUGAAGAAAUCAUCUCAAGCCUCUUGGAAUACAAGCCAGUCACAUCAGAGAAAAAUGUUUGGGCUUAUUGGCAUUCUGGAUUGAGCAAUAUGCCCAAAUGGAAUCAGAGAAAUGUCAUUGACUGGGUCCGCAUCCUUGGCCCGGAGUGGACCAUCCGUGUUUUGGACAGUAUCCCGGGAUCUAUCAAUAACAUCCUUCAAUUUAUCCCGGAGAGUAUUAUGCCUCCUGCGUUCAUAGAUCGAACCAUGGAUGGACCGUUUGUGGGCCAGCAUGGAGCUGAUCUGACACGCACAGCCUGUCUAUAUGAGCACGGUGGAGUAUGGAUGGAUGUUGGAAGUUUUCUCAUGAGACAUCUCGAUCGUGUUUGCUGGAAAGAAUUGGAAGAUCCAAAGUCACCAUAUAAGGUGGCUAUAUUUAUGCUCUGGGGCCUUGCAGGAGGCAAUUUCUUCGUGGCCGCUCGGAAGAAAGACCCUUUGAUCUUCCAAUGGCAUCGUCUCUUCUCAUAUAUAUGGGGUGACAAGAAAAGCAUUGAGGGGAGUUUGUCCCAUCCUCUCAUUGCACCAAUCUUGCCCCAGUUUGCUGAGCAUAUGUCGGAAAGCUUUGAUUAUGACUGGAUCAAUUUUGACGUUGCCCUCAGCUAUGCCACGCAGAUCAUAUGUCUCACUCGCCUUUUCUGUCUCGAAGAGAACGAGAAUGGCGAGGAUGGACAGGCGUUCUCCGGGGUUGACUACUGGCGAAAUCAUGUUCUAGCCUUGGAUGGAGGAGAAGAGACUGCUCGUGUAGAGUGGCAAAGGACUUUUGUGGGAUGGGGUCAACGGGCUCUUGACAUGCUAACGCUCCCAUGCUCGGGACCCGACGCCGAUCCGACAUCAACAAAAUACAAGGAGGCCGAAACCAUGGUAUGGGAUAUGCUUGCCAACUCAACGAUCUGGAAAGUCACACAUGCGCAGGGCUUAACACAUACUCCUCAACUCGGAGUUCUACUGGAUAUGCCCGAGAACGAGAGCAAAGAUGUAACACCAAACACAUUCGGCGAGCUACUCCGAUAUGGUUCAACGCAUCUCCGCCAAAAGAGAGAACAUGUGGCAAGAUUCCCCAAGCGAGAGCCAACUGUGACUUGGAAGAAGGGAGUUCUAGAGCCAUAA